CUCGUCUUAUAAGCCAUAUGUUCGUCCUCGUUUUUUUGAAAACUGAAAUAGUAGCGAUUCGGUAUCCGAUUUCUGCUAUACUUUCGGCGCUACAGUACUCGGCGGCCUCAGCAGUAGACGAAAAUAGCUGCAUACGAGGCGCCAUGCCAUAACAUGACAUGAGCCCACCCUUCAUUCUGAUAACUACGAUACGACUCGUAUUCCACUACUAGCCAGUUUAUUUGACAGACAUUAAUUGUUCUGCUCCGAUAUCUCGUUUAACGUGAAAGAUUGAAAUACUAAAGCAGGUAAAUAACGUAGACGACUACUGGACGUAGUCCCUCAUUCCUCCUCAUUAGAUGUUGAUUAAGAUAAGUCUUGGCGUUCAACAUCCCACUUAAUAUUGAUUGACCUUUCAUCGAUGAGUAAUUCGUUCGGUAUCCAUCGUCUCUUUUUUUGUCUAAGUUCUACCUGAUUUGCCUUGGUCUACUUUAUUAACAAAAGAGUCUUUAUUUUAAGCAUACAAAUAUCUUCCGCGACCGCGAUGAAAGGAAAAAUGGGAGAAAAUAUCCCUAGAUGUGCUAGCACGAACAAGAGGAGCUGCGAGACUCUCGAAAGUCCAGACCAUGGGAAUAAAAGACAGCGGAUGACAUUGGAUUUUGCCGGCUCGUCUCCGUCUUCGGCUUCGUCCUCCUCCUCGUCAUCAACCACUCAACGGCCUACGAGACUAGAUCUCAGCGAGGAAGAAUUCGCACAAUGCGAAAAAUUUCUGGACGACCUGGAGCAUGGAGAAAGUGAGGAGAAGCACCGCGAAAAGCUGGCACGCUUCUGCGAGUACAUGGAAUCCCAAAUCCUGCCCAGCAUCCAGUUUCCUGAGCGGACUCGCAAUGGCAUUUACACGGACGAAGCCGUCCUUCAUUUUGGAUGUCAUUGGCAGACUGGAGUGUACAGAUAAGGCUUGCCCUAAUCCAUCUUCUGGAGCUUCCUGCGGAGGCUUUUCAAGGAGAAAAGGGGAGCAGGAUGCUUUUUCAGAUGGCUUAGGGUAGGCUCUAAUACAAGGAUGGAACGGAGAAACGCGCUGAUCGCCUAUGCCGGACCCUCGCUCGCUUUACGACCCACGGGCUAACCCGAAUAGAAGCUUCGCGGGCGAGCAGUUCGACUAGUACAUCAGCCAGUAGUGCUAGCAGUCCAUCGACUAGUAGCACUAGUAGCACAUCGAUUAGCGCAAGUACGUCUCUGCCCAGCAGGUUUAAUGAGCUUCAACUUCUCAAGAAUGUCAGCUGUGGGCUGCACACAGACAAUCCCG